AUGCCACCCAAAACCUCCAGCGCCGUUCCCAAGCUCCGGGGUAGAGAGCCUUGUAUAAAGGACAUGAACCUCAUCUACAGCGUACUCGAGAAUAUCACUGGCAGUGACAGAAACAACAAAGGGCUUCUCAAAUUUGACGCGGCAAAGGCUGCCCAAACAGCCAAUUUCAGCUCAGGAGAAGUGCUCCGCAACAAGUGGUACAGAUUCCGGCGGACCUUCCUACUUAACAGCAAUCUUCCAGUCGACCCAAAGAGAGCUCGCUGUUCUUCAAUCGAACCAGAACUCCGUGGCCUGAAACCGACCACCAGCGACCUCAAUCUCAUAUUUAGCAUCCUCGAAAAUCUCAAGGACAAAGUCCUAGCUGACUGGGCCAAGGUUGCUGAGCGGGCUGGCUUGGGGAGCGCUGAUGAGGCUCAGCAGGCGUGGGUGAAUCUAUGUGCGGAGUAUCAGCUUUGGAACGACGACAUUGCGGUUUGGAGGGCUUCCAACUCUCCGUGCCCUCAACAUCCGCUUGUUGUUGACGCCGAUAAACUUCAGCCUGCUUUUAUCUCUGUGGCUGAUGCCAUUUCUGUUCCCCAUACUCACCAAAAUCCCAUUCCCCCCUUUACCCCUAUUCGGCCUACGGUUUUGAGUGCUCCUUCUCGCAAUAACCUCCUCCCUGCUCCAGCUUCAGCCCCCAGGCUUGCACCCGUCAAGACGCCGACUAUCACCGGACCUCAUGCCCCUGUCCAUCACCAAGUCUUCAUCUCCGGCACUCAAAUCAACAAAAACAACAACAAAGACUCCGUCAACAACAAGCCCGCUACUGACGCCAGUAGGGGUACCCAGACCGACGCUAAAUGCUGCCCUACCAAGGCAAUCGGCUUCAAGGUCGUUGCCAGAUCCCUUCUCUGGCGUUCCAUUCUGGCUGAGAAGAGCGAGAGGAAACAACACGAGAGAGUUCUUAGUCUUUCUGCCGGUUGUCAUGCCCGUGCCCAUGCCAGUUACUCUUGGUCUUGGGAUACGCCCAUCAACAAGAACGAGUCCGUGGCCAAUGAGGAGCCCACCAUCACGGUUACCUCUACCAACAAGGGUACUAAGAGUAAAGGCAGAGACGCAGGUACACAAACUGAAGACCCCUGUUGUCGUGUCACGGAAUUUGGGUUUAGGGUGGCGUUUGUUUACUUGUUUGUUGUUCUGAAUGCCCCUGACCAGCAGGAUAGCGUGUCUGGUUGGCCCCUAGAACAUCUGGGAGCUGGAGCAAAACCUGUUUCCAACUCCAAAUCCUACUCCUCCAUCUCCAACUCCGUCUUCUUCAACAAUCUUCGAAUCACGACUGCCACUACAAUCUCCCCUUUCCCCACUCCAACCACUGGACUAACCGGCACCCCCUUCUCUCCCACCACCAAGAGAGCCAAAACCCUACUAGCAGCCGCCAGGUAUAUUUGGUCUUUGUCAGCCAAGGCCGAGCAUGAGCACGAUGAGAGUCUGGGAGAGUGGCCGGGCUGGUUACUCCUGGACCAGGGCGGCGGUGGUGGUGUGUCUUCGACUGCGUAUGAGAAUGCGUUGGCUUCGGCGGUGGCGCCGUUGAGGUUGUUAUGGUUGAGGGUUGCUGUUAUGAUGUAG